AUGGCCCCGUCUCUUGAAAACGAUGAUUUUUCGCCAUCCGUGUUUGUGAGCUCAAACAAACCAAGUUUGGACAUCAGCUUUCAAGACUACCUUGAACUAUCCAAAGUUGUUUUUGACUGGGCCGACAGUUACGACUCCAAGGACUGGGGAAGACUAAGAGGAAUUAUUGCUCCAACAUUGACUGUCGAUUACACCGAAGUUGGGCUUCGGCGCUGGGAAUCAAUGAGCGCCGACGCUUUUAUGGAUAUGGUGACUGAUCCUGGAUUUUUGGGCGAUCCUACUGUUAAGACUCAGCACCUCUUGGGACAGACAUGGUGGGAGAAAAUCUCUGAUACCGAGGUUAUCGGUCAUCAUCAGCUUCGAGCUGCCCACCAGGUCUACACCGAUACGGACAUGAAAACUGUUAGAGUUAAAGGACAUGGUCAUGCCACAAAUGAACACUACUAUCGCAAGAUAGAUGGAGUGUGGAAGUUUGCUGGUCUGAAACCUACCGUUCGUUGGAAUGAGUAUCAAUUUGAGGAUGUCUUCAAGGCUUGUUACAAAUAG